AUGGAAGAUUUGUUCACACAAAGGGGCUACAAUAAGACACUGGUAAAAGAAAUUAGAAAUCAAGUAACUAGAACAACAGCUAGAACAAAUGAACUAGAAACAGGAAGAGGUCAUCAGUUUCGUAACAAGGGAUCAAUUUUAAAGUAUCAAGAGAAAGUUCAUUUUGUUACCACAUAUACUAAUGACAACAGAAUGAUUAAAAAUGUUAUUGGUAAUCAUUGGACAUCACCUUUCUUUAUUUUGAAUCAAAAUCACAUGGAGUCUGCAUUUCAGAAAAUUAAAAAAGAGAUGAGUUGUUCCAUCCAUCUUGACCUGUUUCAGGAUGCUAUUCAGCUUCCAAGCCAACAGCUUUUCUGCAAGCAGUGCAUUGAGCAGCUUUUAGAAAGGAAUGACUCUUCAGGUUCAUGCCCAAAUUGUAGAGCACCGAUUCAGUUAACUGAUCUGAUCUGUUCAUGGGUAAUCAAUAAUGAGAUCCCAUUAAUUUCACAGUGUCAUAAUAAGAAUCAUACUUCUUUCCUGAACUUGCAAGUACAGGAAUUUGCUGUAAAUGAUGAAAGUGAGUCAUCAAGACCUACAAAAGAAGUGCCACCACAAAAUGUUAAAGAAGUUUCAGCGAUGUCGAAAUCGAAGUACAUUCGAUCAAAAUCAUUUUGGUAUGAAGCAGGAAUGGAAAUCAUACUGGAAGUAGACGAAAAUCAGACAGCAAUUGAAUGUGCCAAAAAACAAAAUAAAGACUAUAAAGAAAAUGGUCAGAUGAGAAGGAAAAAAUGGAAAAUCUACAAAUAA